AUUGCGAAAGUACACAACGUGAGCCGGAAGUGGUUUUCGUUGCUAACGCUACUGUUUGUAGCAUGUGUAAAAUAGGUACAUGUGUUUUGAGCCGGUAAUAGUCGUUUUUGUUUUUUUCCUGACCCGAAUUAAACGGACGUUGACCAUUAAUUCAACAUUAUAGCGGUGUUAGCAUCCACACCGCUAUAACAUUAGCUCUUCUUUGGUUACUGAUGAACGCUCCUCGAGCUUACCUCACGUGGGGCAUCCAGCUAACGUCUGUCUUAACUUGAUGCAAACUUUCAUAACAGGUUCUGUAACUCAUUUACCCACCGAAUGACCUGCGGGUAAAUGUGAUUUUCCGGUAUAGUUUUACUACCUGUCGGGAUGUCUGCGCCUUGUCGGUACGCUCUGUUCAGCAUAUAUAAUCAGCGAGCAGGUUUCACACAGGUCAGAAGAUUUACAUGCAUCCAGUGGAAGAGCUCUGACUCCCUGAUGAGAGGUGGACACACAGCCGUACUGAAAGCUAUGGCAAAUAAGAGAGGAAACCUCACUUUAUUUUCUUCGAGGUGCCUGUCAGGUUCAGCUGCGGAUGCAAAAGCUCGAGUGAGGAGAGUUUCUAUCGAGGGCAACAUCGCUGUUGGAAAAUCGACCUUUGCGAGACUCCUACAGUCAGUUUGUGCAGACUGGGAGGUGGUGGCAGAACCUGUCAGCAAGUGGCAGAACAUUGAGAGUGAGACCUCAAAGGGCCAAGGUGUGCCCCCACAGACCACAGUCAGCAACCUGCUGCAGAUGAUGUACCAGGACCCUCAGCGCUGGUCAUACACGUUCCAGACGUAUUCCUGCAUGAGCCGGCUCAGAACACAGCUGCAGCCUCCACCUGCACGCCUCCUCCAGUCAAAGGGAACACCUGUCCAGGUUUAUGAGCGUUCAGUCUACAGCGAUAGAUAUAUCUUUGCUCUGAACAUGUUUGAGCUGGGAUGUAUCAACACUACAGAAUGGGCCGUCUACCAGGACUGGCAUUCCCUCUUGGUGGAGCAGUUUGGACACCAGGUGGAGCUAGAGGGCAUAAUUUACCUCAGCGCCCCACCAGAGAAAUGCAUGGAGCGCCUGCAGCGUCGGGGAAGAGCAGAAGAGGAGGGCGUGAAGCUGGAUUAUCUGGAUAAGUUGCACUCUCAACAUGAGAGGUGGCUGGUUGAGAAAACGACAGAGGGGUCUCAAGUAUUUGCGGAUUUCAGCUAUUCGCGGGCAGUUGUAGUCCCUAACCCCUGCAAAUACCGGGGGUCAACUGUACAGUGAAGAAGGACCUGGGGCUUGGUGACAUAACUUAAGGUUUAACCCCAGAUUUUCUGGAUUAUGUGAUUUAUUGCCAUCGUAAUUUAUGCCGCACGCCUAACCAGAGGGGUGUACUACGAAAGAAGUUCAACAAAGCCAGGCUGUUUCAGGCAUCAUGUGACUCCUCUUCCACACAGAAAGAUCCCUAUAAGUGGCACUUACUCCAAUCACGGAUGUUAUCAGAUGAUAUUCAUAAAAUAGUGUUACAAAAAUAACAGUAAAAUGCAACACUGUGACAAAUAAGACAAGACUUUAAUGCUGCAGAAAAUCGUUAAUCUCGUGAAUUAACACACAGAGUGGUAAGAAAAAUUUUUUUUAAUUUGAGUUAAUAGAUAUAUUUUAAUGCUGAGGGCACUCUUGUUUUUAAGGUGAUCAUUCAGUUUUUUUUUUAAAAAUAUAAUAAUAACACAGCAGUCGUCUUGAGGCACUUUGUAUUGUAAGGUAAAGACCCUACAACAAUAGAGAGAACACUUCAACAAUCAGACUAUGAGCAGGCAUUUGGUGACGGUGGCAAGGAAAACCUCCUUUUAACAGGAAGAAAUCUCUGGCACAACCAGGCUCAGGGAAGCACGGUCAUCUCCCACGAGAGGUGAGGGGAGAAAAAUGGAACAAAAGACACACAUUACAGCUCUGGAACAUUAAACUGGAUGCAUUUAGAUGUUGUUGUCCUACUGAGAGGAGGCAGAUUAAGGUGAAAUGAAUUUGGUUUAUUAAAUAAAUAUUCUUGGUGCAUGUUCUGCGUUCUAUUAGCUGCAAAAGUAAAUUAGAGUCAAGCGUAAAGACCUUUAUACAUUUUCUGCAUGACCAACAGAAUACUUGCAUCCAGUUACCAUGUGAUGCACAGUUAGCACAGUUAGCUCCAACUUGUUACUAAGGUAAAACAUGUUCCCCCAGCACUCUGCACUCAAAGCAUGCUGUAAAUAAACAAUUAAGUGAAAACAUGGCGCAUCCAGGUGAUUUUAAUGAGAAACUCUGAAUGUGGUAUGUGCUCAGUAUAGGUUAGCAUGGUGAUGGAGCCAGGUAAAAAGAGACUCGCCUUUGUGAUACUGAGAACUCUGACUUUAAGCUGGAGAUAGCCCGCUAUCCCGUUAGUCCCCCCCCCCUCCAUUAUGCUUAAAAGUAAAACAGAUAAACUACACAAAGUACUGAUAUCUAGCUGGUCUAAACUUUCUACUUUGAAACACAGUGGUGGCACAGUGCUUGUGUUCAGGUUCCUUGCAGCUGUUUGCUGUGAACAGCUGACGGUUCAGCAGUGUGUGGUCUGCUGUUAAUGUCAUAAA